AAUAUUAUGUUACUUUAAUUAGACAUGUGAUUUUGGAUAUAUAAUGUCUAUUUAGUUUGAUUAUUACUUGAGUAUAUUGAAUUGUAUUUACUUCUAUGAAUUCUACCAUGAUAAUUUUCUUAUUAAUAGAUUAAAAUUUUAAUUAAUAUUUUUACAGUAUUUAGUUUAGUUGGUGUCUUCGAUUUAAAUAUAUUUUUGUAAUUAUUUUGAGAAUCAAACGAAAUGAAAAACAAACUAAGGAUGAAUAUAAGGAUGAUUUUCCUUCAAGUCAAGCCAUUAAGUAUUUGGGAUUAGCUAUGAUUUUCUUCUUUACAAGAAGUGUGCGAAACCUUAAGUUUCAAGCCAUUGAAUUGCUGAGGCAUUGAUCCGAAUAAGCGAGAAACUGUGAAAUUGAAUUGGGUUUAAUAUUUUUUUUUUCUUUUGAAAAAAGGCAUUCUAUUUAAAUUGGAGAAAGAAAUGAAAAGAGUCACAGCCUGCCAGCAAUGUGUUUAUAGGCCCAUAUUACAAACCCAUAUGAAUAAAACAUAAUUGAAACCCAACUGAUUAGUGAGAUAAUGCCCAAGUUUGGGAAGGCCCAAGCACUUGUAGAGAGAAUUCUCGACUUUACGAGUUCCAGACGGAGAAAACAGAGGAGAGGAUGCUGGACCUCCUCUAUUUUUAAUUAAAAAAUAAAUUAAAAAUAAAUAGAAAUUAAGAAGAAAAGACUAUAAAAUCUAAGGACUUGAUAUAUUUACUAACUUAUGUCAUUACUAUCCUAUUUAGAUCCGACCCAGACCUAGACCCAAACCCAAAAACCUAUCCAACUUUAACCCUAAUCUUCUUCUUCUUUCUUCUCUUUUCUUCUCCAUUAAUAUUUUUUCACCUUGAAGCAAAAUCAAAAAAAUUCUUCAACCAUCCACCAAAUUUCUCUUUCUUAUCCCAAAUCGAUCAACCCCGAAUCAUAUUUAAUCAAUUUUAUCUUAUCUAGAAGCAAAUUUCAUGUUAUACGUACGAGAUUCAAAAUAUAAAAAAUACGCAGAGUAUUACUAAUACAACUAGUACAACUUCAACUAAUAUAACUAGUACAACUCAAAUUAGUAUAACUAGUAUAACUAUCACGAGUAUAACUAGUAUAAAUAGAUUGAGUAUAACCUUUAUAAUUGAUACAACUUCGCAAUUAAUAAGGUGAUUUUUAAUUUUUUUUGUUUUCGGAGUAUGAAGAUGACAGAAACGAUGAUCAUGUAUAACCUAUAAGAUAUGUUCGUCUAAUAUUCCCCGUCAUGUUUGUAUCAAAUACAUGAAUAUGUUAUUUUAAUAGUAUUCUAUUUGGAUAGUGAUUUGUUUAUAAGUUGUACCAGUUAUACGAGUUGUACUAUUUUUGAAAAAAAAUCGCCUUUUUUUUGCUCUCAAAGCCAAAAAAAUAGAUGCGGAACCAGAAAAGUAUUCAGCCAUGGUUCCAAAAAAAACGAGUUACCUGGAAAAAAAAAGGAGGGAGCAUCGGCGAUGAGUAAGAGUGACUGACUCACUGGCGAUUAACAAAAAAAAAGGACUCCACUGUGAGGAAGAGGGAUGCCACAAUGAAGAAGAAAGAUGCAAUGAUGAAGAAGAGAGAUGCAACAAAGAAGAAUGAAGUUGUCGCGAAGAAGAGUGAAGUCGUGACAAAUAAAAUAGAUGCAAUUUUGUCAUCAUAUACCAUUUACGAUAUUUGUUUGUUUAUUUCAUAUGUAAAACAUGAUUUAGUAGCCGUGUUAAUUAUAUUAGCUACAUAUUAUACAUAAAUUAUAACAUUUAUGCACAUUUAAAACAAUACUAAGUAAAAUAACAAGUAGUUGUACCAGUUUUCUAGUUAUACCGACUAUACACAGUUGUACUAGUUUUUGAGUUGUACUAGUUUGUGCAUAGUUGUACAUUGGCAGUGAAAUCGAAAAAUAUUAGUUGUACCACAUAAUAAAUACAUUUACCUUAGUUGUACCGCUUAUUUAUCUUUACAUGUCUUUGCCCGGUUACAAUAAAAUCAUCCAUUUCGUCAAAAUACAUUUCACGAAUGUUUUUGAAAAAUUAAGUGGAUAAACAAGUUAACAAACCUUAAACUUAUAAGGUAGAUCAUGUAAAUUUAUGGAGUUGUGUAAUAGUUUUCAAAAAAAAAAUUCAAAACCUCAAAUAAAUUAAGAGAAACUUCUGAGUACAUACCAAUUAGGAUAUUUGAUUGUUUUUCUUAUAUGAAAUACCAAAUUGGUUGUCAUUUUCUGAAAUGUGAAAGUUAUACUAGUUGUACCAGUAAUACUCAUAUAUAUAUACUAGUUGUACCAGUAAUAUAUAUAUGUCUAGUUUUAGAGAUUGUGCCAAUAUUUUACAUCAUAUAUUGGUAAAAAUAUGUUCGAUGUUUGUUUAUCAUAAUAAUAUGACGGAUCAACGAGCUAUUUCCCCACAUGAACUAUCGCAUAGCAUCAGAUGUCUCUCAGACUAUUGCCUCAUUUUAUAUAUCCCCUAAAAAAUAGUUUGAGAUUGAUUUCUCCACAAAUGUUGGUUUAGGAAAAAAUUGGUAUAAUCACCGGUACAGACCAUCAAACCGUAAAAUAAAACCGAAAAACCAGUUUUGAACUCAACACUUGACCAAGUUUUACCCGACCCAUUAAACCCUCUUUUAAAAUCUCCAAUGGUACACGUGAAGAACCCUAAAAUUAUUUUUUUUAAAAAAAUUUGAUUGUUUGAAUCUUCAUCGAUCAGAAAUGGUGAUGUAUGGGUCGUCAAAUUCUGCGUACAGAGCUUUGAGUGGUCACUUUCCGAGUUCUCGUCUGGUCAGAAUCAAUGAGCCAAGGUGGUGAAAUGAAAAAGCUUGAAAAAUUGAAAUUACAAGUGUUAUAUCAUAGUUUAUGAUAUGGGUCUAUUAUAUUUGGAUAAAACCCACAAGAUUUAGUUAAGAAAGCUGUGAAAUCGUGAAAAGAGAGUGAAAGUUGGGACAUUUAGGAUCUGCAAAUCGCAUAGGGUAGAAGACGAGGACAAAAUCGUCAUUUAUAUUCAUUUAAUUAAAAUCAAAACUUCAUAAAGUGCGAUAGAACUAGCUCGAACUCGUGACCUGUAGUGCUAAUUUAAAAUGCAACAACCACCAACCUAUGGAUCUUCAUUACAGUUUACCAUAUGUAAUAUAUAUAACAGCCAAGAAACACAUCCUCGUUAUAAGGCUUCAUCUCCUCGGCUCAGCUUCUCUGCAACUAAUAUCAUCUCCACGAAAAAUAUAUAAUCUCUAGGCCUUUAGUCUUCGUUCUUCAACUUCAGUCUUCUCUACCAAAUUUCACUUUUGCUUUCAUCUUCGUAUUGAAACACUCAGAUUUUUUUUACCUAGAUUUCUAUUUGGGGUUAAUUGUCGGGUGUGGGUUUCGGGUUAACAAAUUUUCGGGUGUGGGUUAUUGGUUAUUGGUUUAAGAGAUAUAAUCGGAUCCUAAUCGGGUCUUACAUGGUUUAUAAUCGGUUAAAUAAUGUUUUCGGUUUAGUUUUUAUAUAGUAAACCAAAAUAAUUAAUUUGUAUGGGUUUAUAAGUUUGGAACUUUAAAUUCAAGGGGAAAUAAGUAUUUAACUUUUGUUUCAUGGAGAAUUAAAUUUGAAACUUUUUUCUCGGGGAUAUAGAGGACAAUGCAAUAGUUUGGGAGACAUCUGAUGCUAUAUGAUAGUUCUCGUGGGGAAAUAGCUUGUUUUCCCUAAUAUGACUAAUAUAGUUAACAAACCUUAAAAAUAUAAAGUGUAUAAUGUAGUAAUUUAACAACAAUUGAAAAAUUUUAAAUAAAAUAGAAGAUGUUUUUCAUCAUUUACAAAUUAGGAUAUUUGCUUGUUUAUUUAUGUGUAAAAAUAAAUUAUUAGUCGUGUCUAAUAACUAUUUAUUAUAUAUAAAUUAUAAUAUUUAUAUACCAGUUAUACAAUUUCUUAAUAAUGUUUAGUUGUACAAGUAAUAUUAGUUAUACUCAGUCAAAUGAAAGAAUGACAUAAAAAAUAUGUGUGGUUGUGAAUUGUUUACAUGGUUUAGAUUAAAAAAAAAAGAAGAGAGAAGGAAAGAUAAAUGUAAAUUUGAUGGUCAAGAUUAAAACAAAGGGAUAAGAUCUGAUGGCUAAGGUUGAACCAUCAUUAAUAGCAAAAUGGUCAUUUACACAGCCAUUGUCCUAUGUAGAUUCAUUUAGGUGGUUGGAGAUUUUUUUUCAUCUAUUUGUCCCAUUUCAGAUUAAAGUCCAGGAGGAGAGGCGAGGGGAGGUGAUGAUCGUCUCAGGGGGCUUGAAAAUUUGUCUAUGCAAUCUGUCGUUCCGCUCAGACCAAAUCAUGUAAAAUUGCUGAAGAUCGGUGAUGGUUCGGUCCCAGGAGGCAUUCGGCGUCGUUCUGCUUCGUCGUGCUAUGGUCGACCAGAUCCGCCAAGAGUAGCUGCGUUGUUGCAGAGAAGUCAGGAGGGAUCAGUAGGCAAUCCCCAGCUCAGCAAUCGAUCUCGGGUGGGACACCGAUCUAAGAGCAGGAGCCAUGUCAGAAAGCUGUGCUUAGGGAUACCUUGUCGCAGCCAAACGAUGUUGAACCAAGGAACAGUCGGAUUGUGGGGCUUUAGUGAUCUUCUUCUUGAUUUAGCGUAACAGAGGAGAUGAAGCCUUGUAGGAGUACUUGUGCCUCUGAUCUUGCCGGUGGGAGGAUCCAAUAACCAUCAACAAACAGGUCUGAGACGGUGGCAUGUCUUGGGAUUCCUAAUCUCGAGUGCGGUUGGAGAUGAAGGAAGUCUGCCAUGUUACCAUGGGGGGACCAGUUAUCACUCCAAAAACGAGUGCGUCUUCCAUUCCCUUAAUCGAAGUAAGCGCUUGACAAGCCAUGAAUGGUUGUUUGAUUCUUUUAUUGUCCAGAAAUUGGAGCGAUCACCAGAUAGGAUUUCCUCAACAAACCAAGCAAUUUUUGGGUUUAAUAUUCUUGUUAUGCUUUGCAGUACUUAGUUAUAGUUUCCUUGCCAGAAACUCUCAAAUUUCUAUGGUUACAGCCACUACUUGAGUCUGAGGCAUUCUCCUCACUAACAGAUUCAAAGUCGCUGCAUAUAACUCAAAUACAUUGAAUGUUUUUCGUUUCUUAUCUAUCAAGACAUUAAUUUUAUAUAUAUAAUGGAGCAUAUUCUUAAAUAAAAUGAAUCAUUUCGAAGAAAGUUUUUUGUUGUUGAUUUCUUGGCAUAUAUAUAUAGUGUGUUUCUUUCCAUGUGUCUCUAUUUGUAUAUUGUAUUAGUCUAAUAGGUUUGAUCUAUAUUAUCUUUGAAUUCCUUGUAUUAUAACCAGAGGCAGAAUGAACCCAUUGGAUUGAAACAUUUUAUGAGACUCUAUCAUAUUUAACUGUUCGAAAUUGUUACAAAACAUUACAUUUAUAUAUUAAUUUGUAGAAAUAAUGAAUUAACAUGAUAUAUAUGACAAAAUAUUUUUUAAUUUGAAAAAAAUAUAAUUAUUAAAAUUUAUUUAAACUAUUCAAUAGAUAAAAUUUAGUAAUAUAUAAAAUUAAAAAAUUCAAAGUUAAAUAUAUUUGUGUCUUCCAAUUUUGUUUUGUUUAGGUAUAAUUUGGAUGGGACCCCAUAUUUUCAUGCCUGGACUCUAUUUAUUACUUAAUUUUUAAUGAACCCAUAUUACAAACAACUUUUGUGAAGAAAGGAAGAUCAAUGCGGCCGUGCAAGAAAAGAAGAGUAUUUAGGUCCACAUAACAAAAAAAAAACCAUAAUGAAGUAAAUAUCCUUUCACUAGUUUUGGCGCUGUUGACAAUUUGAUAAUCUUUUUCUAUCUAACUAUUUUUCACCCACGUUCUCCUUCUCUUUCCUUAUAUUUCUAGUGACUUAAUCUGCACAUUUUUUAACCGUAAACAAGUUUAAUCCGCUGUUGGCCCUUGUCCCCUGUCCUCGUUAUUGUCACUGUCUCCUAUACCUUCUUGAAAACCGCAGAUAAAAACGACAUUACACUGAUUGAAACAGUCGUCAACCAUCGCCAUACCAUGGAUAACGUUCGUGGCGAGGUUCAGCGUUAAUGUUUCACUGCCGUGUUGUCAGCUACAUAUUCUCCGUUCAAUACAUCAUAUGGUUCUAGCGAGUAUGUCUCUCUAGACGAGAUCAUUAUGUAACUGCUCCCGUCGUUUCUUCAAAAUUGAUCAUGAUAUGAUAUGGAGGAUUUUAAAGUGAUUCAUGGUGUGUAACAGAGAGAUCUUUGAUUCACAAGUUGGUAAAAGCACAUGGUUUUAUGGAUAAGCCUAUAGUUAUAGAAAGAAUGGGUUCUUCUUGAGAUCAAGACGACGACCUGAUUAAUUUUGACCAUAUUGUACGUAUUUUAUGUAUGUUAAAUAUGUAUGGCUUAUCCAUAAGCACACAAAUGUUAUCAUACAUAUUUAACAUACAUAAAAUACAGACGACUACCCUCAAUUGAAAUGUAUUUUAUGUAUGUUAAAAUACAUAAAGAAUUUUUUUUUUAUUUGUAUUAAUUCAAAAUAAAUUUAUCUCUAAUUUCAUUUUUUAUUUUCAAUAUUUUGGUGUCACUUUAUCUAAUUACAUAUAAGCACACAAAUGUUAUCAUACAUAUUUAACAUACAUAAAAUACAUACAAAUACAUAAAGCACAUGGUCUUAUGGAUAAGCCUAUAGUUAUAGAAAUAAUGGGUUCUUCUAAUUACAUAUAAGCACACAAAUUCUUUAUUUAUAAUUUAUAUUUAAUGGUAAUUAUUAAUUUAUGCUUUUAAUGAGAUCAUAUAUUUAAUUGAUAUUUUUCUCAAUAUUAUUAUUAUCUUAUUAUCAUAUUAUUUUAUCGAAUUAUAUCAUAUUUUAUAUUGUUUCAUCUUAAGACCGGAAAUUUGUUAAUUUAUAGAGUUUACUGUAUAUUGUAUAAAUAGUUAAUCUUUACUUAAAAAACUGCAUAAUCUAAAACUGAUUUAAUUGUAAGCAUAACCUAGACUAUUUUUUUAAGAUAAUAUAUUAAUAACUAAUAUUAUUACGAUAUUCUAUCUAGCUUAAUCUGUUAUAUUAGUUAUAUAAACUAGUUUAAUGCUCCAGUUACGAUGAUAUUUAUUGUAAACCCAAUAUUUCAAUAAUUUGUCCUAAAGAUUUAUUUUUAUAAUUAAUUAUUUUCUUUAUUAUAUAGCAGAACAUAAAACAUAAAUACAAACAUAAACAUGAUCAUAUUCAAAACGAAAUUCUAAACAUCAUUAUAUACUUAAGUUAGUCUUCAAAAAAUAAACUUAAGUUAGUCAAAUAUAAUCUAAUUUACUUAGUUUAAUUAUUUUUAAGGAUAAAAGUUUCUUAUUUGUCUUAAUACAUAUAAAAUAGAGGAAAAGAAAAUUGAAUUUUGUAUAGUUUGGUUAGCUUUUUGGUAUUGUUUUGAUAAAACCAAACCAAAAUAUAUACACUGCUCAUAAAUAUCAAAAAGGAAAGAAAUAUAAUUAAAAACCUUUUAAAGUAUUGCUGACACUUGAUGAUAGAAAGUUUGACCAUAUCAAUUGUUUCCAAAGUAAAAUGGUUUGAGUUUUAUUAUAAGAAUACCAACUUUCUCGUAUACAAUACACAUUUCUUCUCUUAUCAUCUUCCUCAUAUUCUUGAUUCGGGCUAGCUAAAAGGUUUUCAUUUUCAUUUAUAAAUAAACUCUUUAUUACAGAUAUUCUGUUUCUGACGAUCUAUUUGUUUGUGUGUACGUGUCUCAUUACAGUUCAGAGUUUUCUUCCCAACAAAAAUAAGUGAUUCUAAAGAAAACUUCAUGGAGAUGACGUCCUUCUCGGCUUCACAAUUGAUUUUCACCAUUGCCCCUCCUUCUCCAGAUGCCAUUAUCGGGCCUCCAGAGAUGGUGGAAAGUUCCGGUGGCGAUCAUGCAACAAUGAUGAUAUCCAACAACGGUCUUCCUCAUCAGCGGAUGGACGUUGAUCAGGCUCCUGAAGAUCACAACAUUAUUGAUGUUCUAAACGUCGAACCUUCAUCUCCAAAAAGAAGGGGAAAUGAGGUAUCAUUAUCAAACAUGAUUAUAGCCUCAAGAACGGGCAGAUACGAUGAAAGGGUCAUAAUUCAAAUGAAAAGUGAAGAAAACAAUCUUGACGAUGGUUAUAGCUGGAAAAACUAUGGUCAGAAACUCAUCAGGGGGAACCCAAAUGUGAGGAGGUACUACAAAUGCACAUUCAGUGGGUGCGACGUGAAGAAGCAUGUGGAGAGAAGAGCAGACAAUGCGAAGUCAUUGGUGAUUACAUACUAUGGGAAUCAUGAGCACGAUGCACCAGUUCAACGCAGAAAGAGUUACUCUCUAAAGAAGCGGUCAGGUUCUUCAAUGUUUCAAGAUGCUAGCAAUCGAACCCCUCGAUUAGGCAGGCCACCUUUUUCCUCUUCGGCCUUUCAGGUUUUCCCUCCUUCGUUGGAACCACACCUUGGUAUGACACAGAUCAAUAUGAAUGGACUCUCUAAACUGCCGAGUUUACCAGCCAACCAGAUGGUACAUAGGUAUACAUGGGGAUAAGGGAUCGUCUAUUUCUUAACCUUUGUGUCAACCUUUAGAUAGUAAAACCUUAACCAAAAAAAUGAUGUAAACCCUUUUUAUAUCCUUAGUGAUAUACAAUAAUGUACAAGAUAUAAAGUCUUGUAGUCAUCCCUUUCAUCAUGGUUUUUAAUGCAUAUUAUCUUUAAGUUGACCUGUUUAAUUUCAAACAGUCAGAGAUGGUUAAUCCAGAUAAACAAAUAAUAAUUUCUCUUUCUAUGGGCUUUCUUUACGUGUUUUGUAGAUUUUUUUCUUCAAAAAAGUCCUUCAUGCCUUCGUGUAAUUCACUGUUUCGUUAAAUUAUGUGUAUGGUUAAAACAAAAUUGGUCUAAAAUGUGUAUGGUUAAGUUAAAGUUUGAACCGAUUGUAGAUAGGUCUAUGAUUUGCCUUUCAGGUGAAAAGAGCACAAACCGGGUUCAAGCAGGUUGUCUAGUUUCUAUUUAAACCGAUCAUUGGUGACUCGGUUCAGUCGGCAAGGUUAAGGCUAAAUCGUGUCAACAGGUCAGAAGGGGAAAAAAUUGAUUGUAUCAAUCAUAUAGUCAUAUUAUACUUCAUUAAUAGAGUCGUAUGUAACAUGCCUGAUUAUAUCCAUCUUCCUUCAAGUCAAGCCUUUACGUAUUUAGGAUUAGCUAUGAUUUUCUUCUAUACAAGAAAUGUGUGAAGCCUUAAGUUUCAAGCCACUGAGUUGCUGAGGCAUUGAUCCGAAUAAGCGAGAAAGUGUGAAAUUGAAUUGGGUUUAAUAUUCUUGUUAUGCUUUGCAGUACUUAGUUAUAUUUUCCUUGCCAGAAACUCUCAAAUUUCAAUGGUUACAGCCACUACUUGAUCGAGUCUGAGGCAUUCUCCUCACUGACAGAUUCAAAGUCGCUGGAUAUAACUCAAAUACAUUUAAUGGUUUUUUUCGUUUCUUAUCUAUCAAGACAUUAAUUGUCUAUAUAUAUAAUGGAUCAUGUUCAUAAAGAUAAUGAAUCAUUUUGAAGAAAGUUUUUUGUUGUUGAUUUCUUGGCAUAUAUAUAGUGUUUCUUUCUAUGUGUCUCUAUUUGUACAUUGUAUUAGUCUAAUAGGUUUGAUCUGUAUUACAUUUGAAUUCCUUGUAUUAUAACCAGAGCCAGUAUGAACUCAUUGGGUUGAAACAUUUCAAUGAGACUAUCAUAUUUAACAGUCCCAAAUUGUUGCAAAACAUUAUAUUUAUAUAUUAAUUUGUAGAAAUAAUGAGCUCUGUUUAUUACUUAACUUUUAAUGAACCCAUAUUACAAACAACUUUUGUGAAAAAAGGAAACUCAAUGAGGGCAGUGAAAUAAAAAAAAGAGUUUAGGUUCCAUAUAACAAAAAAAACAUAAUUAGGUAUUAUGAGCUGUUACAUUUCAAUUGCGAGUAGUUGUUGCUAUCAUGUAACAUUUUAGCUUGUCAUUAACUGAUAAAUAUAUGGUUGGUUGCUAUAAAUUAGGUAUUAUGAGCUGUUACAUGUUUUGUUAUAUGUUAAGAACUGUGGUUGAUGCUAAUUGGUAAAUGGUUGGUUAGAUGAUACAAAGUAUUGGUUGAUACAUGUUUGAUUAGCUAUUACAAAUCAUGUUUCCGCUUUUUUAAAUGCUGGUAAAAAGUUAAAAAUAGUUCUCGAUAGUUGAUACAUUAUUCAAUCAUUAUCUAUUUAGCUUCUACAUUCUUGACGGUUAACAAUGAUCAUAUUAUACGUAAACUAUUAUGCUAUUGAUUCUUCUAUGAUUUACAUGUAAAUAUAGGUCGCUAACAAAGAUGUAGUAUAUGCUAAUAUAAA